GCAGCAGCAGCCUUAUCUGUCCGCCGCAGGGGCUGAUGGGAGGUUUGAGGAGCUGUUAGAAACCACGUGGCCCUCGUCUGAUCUCACAGCUCGUCCUUGUUUGGCCUCAGCUGCAUCAGAGCGCCACUUCUCCCCAGGUUCACCAGAGGAAACACCACUGCACAAAAUGCUUUUCCUCCCAGCUGCUGCUCUGUGCUGUCUGUGUUCAGCGCUGGUUGCCAUGGCAGCAGAGCUGAUUCAGGAUGAUUUAACAUUGACCAGGAGAGCUGGUGAAAACGUCUCACUCAGCUGUGGAGGAACUAAUGAGUGUAUCAGUAAUUAUUUUGUAUUCUGGUACCAGAAGAAAGACACAGAAACAUUCACAAGGAUUCUGAGAAUUGACAUGGAUGAUGGUAAAGAUGAAGGUUACAAUCAUCCUCAGAAAAAUGAUUUCACAGGUGGAAAAAAUGAAAACGUCUAUGAGUUGAAGAUCCAGAGAGUUAAUAUCUCACAUUCAGCCACCUACUACUGCUCCUGUUGGAAGAGAGAUACCCACAGAUAUAGCUACCCCAUCUUUGGCUCUGGAACUAAACUGUAUGUAGAUGAGCAGGUAGUGAAGCCCGUGGUGAGCGUGUACCCAGCAGCAUCCAGAGCCCACCUGGAGGGGAAGAGCUCCCUGCUGUGUCUGGCCUCAGCCAUGUCUCCUCCUCUGGUCCAGUUCUCCUGGAAAAGACAGAAGAAGAACGGCCCGCUGGAGGAUCUGCCCCUUGCUGAGGGACAGCAGCUGGAGCUCAGAGAGCCGGGACGCACCGUCGCCAUCCUGCUGCUCCAUCAGCAAGAGAACAGCACAUAUAAAUACCACUGCUACGUCAAGCACGAGGGGGUAACAGUGGAGGCCCAAACAGAACAAGAGCUUCCAGCUCCAGCAGCCUCCUGUCCUCCAGAGAGAGAGCCAGCAGACCUGCCAGCUCUGCAGCAAGCUGACUUGUCCUUCCAGUCUCAGUACCAGGUGAAGCUGCUCUGUGUGCUGUACACAGUGCUGAUAGUGAAGAGUCUGGUGUACUGCUGUGGACUCUCUCUGCUGAUGAUCCUCAGAAACAAGGGACCGUCCACCAACUGCACACAUGCUGACUGACUGUUUUCUGUUCGCCUUUUCUCACCAUCACAUCUCAACAAUUCAUCUCAUUUAUCACUUUGAUCAGUGUUCACAAAUGUCACUUAUGACGUGUUGUGGUUGGUUUUACAUUUUCUCUCUUUAUGCACAAGUUAGAUACAGUUGUGUUGAAUAUAUAAAUACAUAUAUACACAUAUAUAUUUACAAAUUAAACCUUAACAGUUGCUUUUUUAGCUCAGGUUUGUUUUGUUUCCUACUUUUAAUGUUGACUUGUAUUGUACAAAAAA